GCUAUCGCUGUAUUUUCUAUCGCUAGUUUUGAACCGGCAGGCGGAGAGCUCACACGCAACAUGGCCAAGGUCAACAUUCCCUCGUUCACCCUCAACAAUGGCAUCCAAAUGCCAGCUCUGGGGUACGGGACGUGGCUCGGUAUCCGAGAGGACGGAGAGUUCGAUUACUCCGGCUGGGACAAGAUGGUGGAUUGCAUCUCGUACGCCAUUGACGUGGGGUAUCGGCACAUAGAUACAGCACAUCUGUACAGGAUCGAGCCAGAGAUAGGACAGGUCGUGAAGAAGAAAAUAGAAGAAGGCGUCGUGAAGAGGGAAGAGCUUUUCAUCACUACCAAGGUGUGGCAGACAUACAGCCGAGAAGCCGACGUGGAGGUCUCCGUGCGAGGCUCUCUCCGGCGUCUGGGGCUCGACUAUGUGGACCAGGUGCUUGUGCACUGGCCGCUCUCCUUCAAUGAAGAAGGCGUAGACCAAAACAUCGAUUACCUAGAGACCUGGCGCGGCUUCGAGACAGUCCUGAAGAAAGGUCUGACUCGCUCCAUCGGCGUGUCUAACUUCAACGUGGAACAGCUGAAGAGGCUCAUCGCCAACAGCAAUGUUAAGCCAGCCACUAACCAAGUUGAGCUCAAUCUCGCCUUCGGCCAAAAGGAGCUCGUCGACUACUGCACCUCCCAAAACAUCAGGGUGGUCGCGUGGGCGCCCUUCGGGGCUAUGAUCGCCAGCCGGGCCGCCCCUGAUGCCAAGGGACCUAAGAUGGAUGAUCCAACCCUGGUGGCUAUUGCUACGAAAUACAACAAAACUGUGACACAAAUCGUGCUUAGAUAUUUGUACCAGCGCGGCAUCGUCACCAUUCCAAAAACGGUGACCCCGAGCCGCGUCGUCGAGAACGCGACCAUCUUCGACUUCCAACUCUCACAGGAAGAGGUCAAUGACCUCGCGCAGUUCGACGUGAACUACCGCUCCAACAGACCCACGUUCUGGCAGAACUACGCGCACUACCCCUUUGAGAAAUACGACGUUCCAAGCAGCGCGAUACCCAAGGCACUGCUGACGUGGAAGAACGGGAAAAAUCAAGAUAUCGAUUAGUUUUAUAUUUUCUUGCCAGGGUACGGUAUUAUAAUAGAAUAGCUUAAUAUGUAAGUAAUUAAGGGAAUUGAAUGUAAUUUUAGUUAGUAGGUAGUAUAUUUUGCAUGCUGUCAAAACCGGCUAAAAAGUUGGGACACAAAAAUUAUGUAACACCUAUUAUGUUAACCCUUUUUAAAAGCAAAUAAAGAUUAUGAUUAUGAUUACGUAGCCGAAUGACACAAACGCUCACGAAACGAAACGCUCGUAGAUAUCUAUAUUCGCUCUUGCGUAUUGGCGUGACAGAGCCAGACUACCUUUCGCG